AUUAUAAUUUGAUGGAAAUACUUCUUACCUUUUUUGCUAUAUGAAAAUUUUAAUCAUUAUUUAAUCAUAAUUUCAGUGUAUAAAUUGUAACACAGAAAGUAUUCAUUUACAGAGUGCAAAAAUGUUUUAAUAAAUCAUAUAUGUGCCUCAAAAGAAAUAAAGAGAAAAUAUUUGUGUAAGAGUCAAAUUAUACAAAAAGUCAAAUUUGAACAAAAAUGGCAUCACGAUUUAGUGGAGCAUUGCAGAUUACAAAUCUUGAUGACUUUAUCACUCCAUCACAGGAAUGUAUUAAACCUAUAGAAAUGCAAUCAAACAAAAGCAAAACAGGUGCAAAAAUAAAAAUACAAUCUGACAAUUUGGUGCUUAAUGAAAUUAGACAGCCUGAAAAAUUGCAAAAAGUUGAAAUUACACUCGCAGAUUGUUUAGCAUGCAGUGGUUGCAUUACAUCUGCUGAAAGUGUGUUAGUUACUCAACAAAGUCAAGAAGAACUGCUCAGAGUAUUUCAGGAAAAAAUAACUCAACAAAAUAUAGGAAGUACAGAUCUCAAAUAUAUAGUAGUCAGUCUAUCAGUGCAACCUGUAUUGUCAUUGGCCCAGCGUUAUGAACUUACACCUGAGCAAACUCUCUGUAAAUUGGCAGGUUUCUUCUAUAAAUUGGGAGCUGAUGCUGUAUUAGAUAUGACUGUAGCUGAUGACUUUACUUUAUUAGAAGCUGCUAAAGAAUUCGUCGAGCGUUAUAAAGCCAAUAAGGAGGGCACAAAAAAUCAAUUACCAAUGCUAUCCUCUUCUUGUCCAGGUUGGGUAUGUUAUGCAGAGAAAACUCAUGGAAAUUUUAUAUUGCCAUAUAUAAGUGUCACAAAAUCACCUCAACAAAUUAUGGGAUCUUUAGUAAAAUAUCACUUAGCCGAAAAUAUGGGUCUUUCACCAGAACGAAUAUACCAUGUAACUGUAAUGCCUUGUUAUGACAAAAAAUUGGAAGCUUCCAGAGAAGACUUUUAUAAUCAGCAAAAAAAGACGAGAGAUGUAGAUUGCGUUAUAACAUCAAUUGAAUUGGAACAAAUGCUUAGUGAAGAUGGUUUAGUAUUGAAUGAAAUACAGGAAGGUGAAAUCAAACAACCAUUUGGUUCUUAUAACAAAGAUACCGAAAAUAGAUUAUGGAGUCACAGUGGAUCAGGAUCAGGUGGUUACGCGGAUUUUAUUUUCCGUUAUGCAGCGAAGAAUCUUUUUGAUGAGGAAAAUGUCGUGGUAGAUUUUAAAAAUCUUAGAAAUCCCGAUUACCAGGAAGCAGAACUGAAGAGGAAUGACCAGGUGUUAUUAAAGUUUGCUAUUAUUAAUGGAUUCAGGAAUAUACAAAAUAUAGUUCAGAAAAUGAAAAGAGGCAAAUGCAUUUACGAUUACGUGGAAAUUAUGGCAUGCCCAUGUGGUUGCUUAAAUGGUGGAGCACAAAUAAGACCUGACGGAAAUAUCCAACCCCGAGAACUUGCGUCAAUAUUAGAAAAUGCUUAUCAUAAACUUCCAUUAAGCAAACCUGAAGAAAACAAAGUGGUACAGAAUUUGUAUAAAACUUGGUUGGGAGGAGAACAUACAGACAAAGUUAAUGCAUAUUUUAGUACACAGUAUCAUGAGAUAGAAAAGAUGAAUACAGCGCUUGCUAUAAAAUGGUAACAUACAGUGUCAUAUACGAUUACGUUUUGUACAAUAUGUAUAUGUAUUUUGUAUAAUUAGUUUACAUUAGCCAAGAUUGAUUUAUUUUUAUGUACAAAAAUAACAAAAAUAAAUUAAUAAUUGUUAAUCAAUUA